UUACCGUUGCAGCCGUAAAACAAUCAAACCCCGCCUGUCUUCUCUCUUCUAAAACCCUAAACCUGUAAAACCCUACGCAGUCUCUCUCUCUCUCUCUCACCCCGUAGCAACAGAGAAAAACUUUCAGUUCCAAUGGAGAAGAAGGGUGGAGAAUUCAAGGAGCUGGAAGAGCUCGUGAGGCACCACAUAGAUUCCUUUGAUUACAUGGUGGAUAGAGGAUUGGAAAUCAUGUUAGAUAACAUCAAGCCUGUCAGAAUUUAUGAUCCUCACACUGAUACCAGUCUCUCACUAUACUUGAGUAACCCUCGAAUAAAUGCUCCAAUAAAGGACGUUCGUUCAAGGACAAAUCGUAAGAGGCUACUUCCUUUUGAAUGUCGACAGGCUAAGGUUUCGUAUACUGGGAAGUUUGAGGCGGAUGUUUGCUUUCAGUAUGAUGGUAGACCAGUUAUCAGAGAAAAGUAUAAUUUUGGGCAGUUUCCUAUAAUGUUGAAGUCAAAGCUUUGUUACUUGCGAAGUGCUGAUCCCCAACAGCUUGUUUCCUUAAAAGAAGAGGCGUCAGAAGUGGGUGGUUACUUCAUUUUGAAUGGGAUUGAGAGAGUUUUUCGAUGUCUAAUUAUGCCGAAGCAGAACUAUCCAAUGAGUAUGACGCGAGGUUCAUAUCGUGAACGAAGGGAAGGACAUACAGAUAAAGCAGUUGUUAUAAGGUGUGUAAGAGAAUAUCAAUCUUCAUUAACAGAUCACUCUUCAGUAACAGUUAGACUAUAUUAUCUUCGCAAUGGAAGUGCCAGAGUUGGAUUUUGGGUAAGAGGAAGGGAGUACUUGCUUCCUGUUGGCAUUGUGUUGAAGGCCCUUGUUGAGACCACAGACCGGGAAAUUUAUGAGAAUCUGACAAGUUACUACGAUGAGAAAUAUGAGGAGGUAAAAGGAGCUGUUGGCUCUCAGCUUCUAGGUGAAAGGGCAAAAAUUAUUCUCGAUGAAGUUCGGGUUGCGUCUCUUUUCACUCAGGAUGACUGUCUGCAGCAUAUUGGGGAGCACUUUCAACCUGUUGUGGAUGAGAUGGAAAACAAAACUCCAUAUACUGUGGCCCAUGCUGUUUUGAAAGAUUACGUGUUUGUUCAUCUUCCUAAUUUUCACGACAAAUCCAGUCUGCUGAUCUUUAUGUUGCAGAAACUUUUCUCUUUUGUCGAUCAGACUUCUGCACCAGACAACCCAGAUUCCUUGCAAAAUCAGGACAUCUUACUUCCUGGGCACCUGAUGACCAUUUAUCUCAAGGAGAAACUAGAAGACUGGUUGCGUAAGGCGAAAUCACUUGUUCAAGAUGAGCUAACAAAAAAUAACACUUUUAAUUUCUUGGCAGUAGGAGAUGUUAGGAAGGUCAUGGAUAAAAAUUCCCCGGUAACAGUCAGUACAGCUGUGGAGUCUAUGUUGAGAUCUGGAAGACUGGCAACGCAAACAGGUCUUGAUUUGCAGCAGAGGGCUGGUUACACUGUUCAAGCAGAGAGGCUCAAUUAUCUGCGCUUUCUUUCUUUUUUCCGUGCUGUACAUCGAGGAGCUUCCUUUGCUGGUGGUCGCACAACAAGUGUGCGGAAAUUGCUUCCUGAAUCAUGGGGUUUUCUUUGCCCAGUCCACACACCUGAUGGGGAGCCAUGUGGGUUGCUGAACCACAUGACUUGUUCUUGUCGUGUUACAUCAUAUUUUGAUUCGCAAGGAGUUGUUAAAGAUUUUUUUGAUAUAAGAAAAUCUAUCCUUGGUGUUUUGACCAGUCUUGGAAUGAUUGCUUCAUUGCCAAAGCUUGUUCAAGCUGGCCCUCCUAAAUCUCUUUCUGUUCUUUUGGAUGGUCGUGUCAUUGGCUCUCUUCCUUCCAGUGAAAUAGAGAAAGUUGUUGCUCAUUUGCGAAGAUUAAAAGUGUCAGCGACUUCAGCGAUUCCUGAUGAUAUGGAAGUUGGAUAUGUUCCUUUGAGCAUUGGUGGUGCAUAUCCAGGUUUAUACAUCUCCACAUAUCCUUCCAGAUUUAUUCGCCCUGUUAGAAAUAUUUCUAUCCCUUGUGAGGAACGUCAAGAUAUUGAACUUAUUGGACCAUUUGAACAGGUUUUUAUGGAAAUAAAAUGUCCAGAUGGUGGAAAUGGUGGAAGAAGUAAUGCCUUUCCUGCAACUCAUGAAGAAAUUCACCCAACAAAUAUGCUCAGUGUGGUUGCUAAUCUAACACCUUGGUCAGAUCAUAAUCAAAGUCCACGAAAUAUGUACCAGUGUCAGAUGGCUAAACAAACAAUGGCUUUCUCUUUACAAUCUCUCCGCUUCCGUGCUGAUCAGAAGAUUUACCAUCUUCAGACUCCUCAAACUCCCAUUGUACGUACAGGAGCGUACACGAAAUAUAGCAUCGAUGAGCAUCCAACAGGGACAAAUGCUAUUGUUGCAGUGCUUGCAUAUACAGGAUAUGAUAUGGAGGAUGCCAUGAUCUUGAACAAGUCCUCUGUAGAUCGUGGCAUGUUUCAUGGACAAAUAUACCAGACAGAAACAAUCGAUUUAUCCGAUGAGGGCAGCAGGUCAGAUCGAUCCCACAGAAGAUUUAGGAGGAGUAACACUGAUAGGUCAUCGCAUUCCUUGAUUGAUUCAGAUGGACUUCCAUAUGUUGGUCAGAUAAUAAAUCCGAAUGAGCCAUAUUGUAGCAUUUAUAAUGACAUAACGAAUACAUCAAAACCCAAGUAUCGAAAAGGUUCAGAGCCUGCUAUUGUUGACUAUGUCGCUGUUGAUACGAAAAGCAAGAAGCACCUUCAGAAGGUGAAUAUUCGUUUUCGUCAUCCUAGAAACCCUAUCAUUGGUGAUAAGUUUAGCAGUAGGCAUGGACAGAAGGGUGUUUGCUCCCAGUUAUGGCCAGAUAUUGAUAUGCCAUUUUCUGGAGUUACUGGGAUGCGUCCUGAUCUGAUUAUCAAUCCCCAUGCUUUUCCUUCAAGAAUGACAAUUGCAAUGCUUUUGGAAUCCCUUGCUGCCAAGGGAGGUAGCUUAAAUGGAAACUUUGUAGAUGCUACACCAUUUGCUAGUACAGUGAGGGCAUCUAAUGCAGGAGAGGCCAAAUCAGAACCUGAAUCACUUGUUGAUGAACUUGGCAAGAUGCUAAAAUCUAAGGGCUUUAAUCAUCAUGGCGUGGAGGUUUUGUACAGUGGGGUUUAUGGAACAGAACUCACAUGUGAAAUUUUUAUUGGGCCUGUUUAUUAUCAGCGCCUUCGCCACAUGGUUUCAGACAAAUUUCAGGUCCGGUCGACUGGUCCAGUCGACCAGAUUACCAGACAGCCUAUUAAGGGAAGAAAGCGUGGUGGAGGUAUUCGUUUUGGAGAAAUGGAACGAGAUUCAAUGCUUGCCCACGGAGCUGCAUACUUGUUGCAUGAUAGGCUCCAUACUUGCUCUGAUUAUCACAUUGCUGAUGUAUGUUCUAUAUGUGGGAGCAUUCUAACGACACAUUACCAACCACAGAGGCGAAUAGUGCGUGAUAUUGGUGGAUUACCUCCUGUGAAGGCUCCCAAAAAAGUGGUAUGCCAUGCAUGCCAAACAAGCAAAGGGAUAGAAACUGUUGCAAUGCCUUAUGUCUUUAGAUAUUUAGCUGCCGAAUUAGCAGCUAUGAACAUAAAAAUGACCCUCCACUUGAAUGAUGGAGCAUGACACCUUUUGCAGUUCGAACAGCGCAUUUAUCUACACGACCAAGUGUUGGCACAAUUUCGGCCUCCCUCGGGUCCAAGCUGUUGACAGGAACCAGGUACAUGGCUUUGUGCAAUUCAUGAUGGAUGAGGAAUUCGAACAGCUGCUAUAUCUUGAAUUAGAAAGGUAUGAAUGGCGUCCUUGUACAUGUAUUCAUACUUCCAUUGACAAGUUUUUUCUUCUCUUCACAAGUAUAUUUAAUCGUGGUGAUCUCAUCAUCCAUUCUGUUGUCAUAUUUUGUGAUUUGAAACUCGUAAUUAUGAAAAGAUUGUUUCCUUCUCCUCAA